AGACAGCAAUUUGGCGCGAAGCAAGCGGUUUUCUACAUUGAUUACAUGACAACAAACGUAAUGGCCGGAUGAAUUAUUGCUGCUGUUUGCAACGCUAAAGCAUGGACAUAAGAAGUUUUUUCGCUCCUAAAGGUGGGGUCAAACCCAAACCCAAAUCAGAAUCAUCUCAAGAAACAAACAACAACAAAGCAAAAGAUGUGAAGAAAACGACACCACCAAAACCUGAAAAAAAGAAAACACCUACAAAGCAAUCAAACCGCAGUAAGAGUAGUGAAAGGAAAGAAGAUAAAAGUACGAAAGGCAGAAAUAAAUCAGGUGAUAGUAAGACAAAUAAAGAGACAAAAAAGCAAGCUUUGACAAAUGUUUCAGAUGAUGAAGUUGUUUUAAUUGAGGAUGUUGAAGAAAAGGAUGACUUUAAGCAAAAAAAGAGAAAUGAAGAAAAGAUUGAAAAAGAGAAGAGUAAAAGUACAGAGAGUAAGAAGCAAAAAAAGAAAAAUGGGUCUGUAAAUCAUGAUUCAGAAGAAGAAUCACCGAUUGGUCGCAAGAAGAAAAAGCGGUUGAUCAGUGACGAUGAAUCUGAUGAGGUUAAAAAGGUUGAUAAAAAAGGAAAAGGAAAGAAAAAACACAGAUUAUUUGAGUCCGAUUCUGAAGAAGAAGAUCCAUUGCCUAAAAAAAGUAGAAAGAAGAAGAAAGAAGCUGUGAUAUAUUUAGAUGAAUCAGAUGAAGAAGUAAAGAAACGUAAACCUACAUUGUUAGAAACGUUCGUCAUCAAUACUCCAACACCCAAGAAAAAAGAAGAAAAGAAAAAAACAGAGCAGAAAACUUCUGUCAGUGCUGCCAAUUUUUUUGGCAGUGGCUUGGUCACAAGGGUUGAAAGAUCAACCACUAGUACUAAACGAAAAUCUAGUCAAGUGGAUGAAAGUAUAGAUGAAGAUAUUGAGAUGCAUGAUGAUGAUGAUUUUAUUAAAACAUUAGAACAACUAGACCAGCAACAGACUAAACGUCCAAAAUUAGAAGAUACUUUGAGUGAAAUUAAGAAAUCCCCUGAAAAAACAAGUUUAGCAAAGAAAUUAGCAGACAAAGUUAAAACUAGUUCAGUAACAGUUAGUGAAACUCCUGAGAAAGAAAUGAAAUCGGGGGAUAAUAAUAAUAAUAAUAAUUCUAAACAUAGUAAAAAGCCUUCACCUAGCAAAUUGAAGAAUCCAUCACCCAAGAAAUCUCCUGUAAAAUUAGAAACACCAGCAAAAACUAAAGCAACACCUAAAAAAAUAUCACCAAUUACUGACAGUAAAAAAACGUCACCAGAUGCUGAUACACCUUUGAUGCAGCGUAAAGCCAGUUACCGUAGUUACCUACAUAGAGAUGGACCACAAGCUUUAGGUUCUAAAGAAAUACCUGAGGGAGCUGAGAACUGUUUGGAGGGAUUAACAUUUGUAUUAACUGGAGUGUACGAAUCAAUAGAGAGAGAUGAGGCUAAAAGUCUGAUUGAAAAAUAUGGUGGAAAAGUGACAACAUCUUUAAGUAAAAAAACAAAUUAUAUCGUGGUGGGACGAGAUGCUGGUGAAAGUAAACUCAGUAAGGCUACACAGUUUGGUACGAAGCAGUUAGAUGAAGAUGGUUUGUUUGAGUUAAUCAAAUCCCGACCAGGUAAAAAAUCUAAAUAUGAAAUACAAGCUGAAGAAACAGUUAAAAAGGUUUGCUAA